ACACGCCUCUGACGGACAAACCAUGGACAGUCUAGGCAGCCGCUGUAAGAUUGUGGUGGUCGGGGACACGCAGUGUGGGAAAACGGCACUCCUGCAUGUUUUUGCCAAGGACUGCUAUCCAGAGAACUAUGUGCCCACAGUGUUUGAAAACUACACAGCCAGUUUUGAGAUAGACAAGCAUCGGAUUGAGUUGAAUAUGUGGGACACGUCAGGUUCCUCUUAUUACGACAACGUGAGGCCACUGGCGUAUCCUGAUUCAGAUGCGGUUCUCAUCUGCUUCGACAUCAGCCGCCCAGAGACUUUGGACAGUGUCAUAAAGAAGUGGCAAGGAGAGACGCAGGAGUUUUGUCCCAACGCCAAAGUGGUGCUGGUGGGCUGCAAGCUGGACAUGAGGACAGAUGUCAACACCCUAAGGGAACUCUCCAAGCAGCGGCUCAUCCCUGUCACCCACGAGCAGGGGAGCACGAUAGCUCGACAGAUGGGGGCGGUGGCCUAUGUAGAGUGCACCUCCAAAGUUUCAGAGAACAGCGUUCGAGAUGUGUUCCACAUCACCACCCUCGCGUCAGUGCGGCAGCCGCACAAGCCACAGCUAAAACGCAGCAGUUCCCGCAGAGGCCUGAAGCGAGUUUCACAGCUGCCCCUACCAGGUCGGACUGACCAAAUGGACCAAGCCCCGGCCAUAAGGAAGGACCGGGCCAAGAGCUGUGUGCUCAUGUAGAGAACCAGUAUUACAAAUAUACAUAUGUAUAUGCAUAAACACAGAAAUAUAUAACAGAGGAAGUCUAUUUAUUGUAUUUUGUUGUUGUUUUUUCCUCAUUUUCAUUUUUUGCACUGCGGAAGAGAGGAAAAUAGAAAACUGCACUGUGGAAACAAAUGCUUCAGAUUUUUUUUUUUUUUUUUUUUUGUUGUUGCCUGUGUGCAUAUUUUCUAAACUGUUUAUAUAUUUGUGUUUUGAAAUGAUGGCAAAUCAGACUAACCCUCCGAACACAAGGAGGCUGCGACAGUGGGAGUGCCAUCUAGUCCCUGGUAUUAAAAAAGUAAUGAAUUUCCUGAAACCUCAAUAAGAGGAUGUUACAGCGGCAAAGUGAUGGUGAGGAGACUGAAGUGUGUGUGUGUGUGUGUGUGAGUGAGGAGAAACAUGUUGAAGCAGAACACUUGAGAAAGAAGCCUGGUGUUGCUCGGCGGAUGUGAGGACCAGUUAUUCAGCCGGCUGCCUGAAGCUGCUUCCUGUUCGAGAGGAAACCUUGUAUGUACAGUAAUGUUGAAAAUUAAUUCUAGCAUUGAGGUGAAUGGUGGUGCAAACCAAACUAGGAGCUAGAAAUGAGAUUUUGUAGCACUGACUGAAAAAUUGUGAGUGUUUGUGUGUUGUGUGUGUGUGUGUGAGAGAGAGCAUUACUACCACAAGUGCAUUUUAACACUAUUUUUCCUCAACAACUCCCAACUGUGUCAGUUUGAUUCACUCAAAUGAAUGCCAUUGUCACCGUUUUAAAGAUGUAUCUUUGUGGAAAAUAAAGUGGUAAAAUGUUAGGGCUAUUUUGUUGUACUUUCACUAAACACUUAAAUAAAACAGCAG